GCGUGGAGUUCAAUGACAUUCUGAGCUUUCAUAAGACAUUUCACUUCUCUAGCGUGCGAACAUGUCGUUAACCUUUUUAUUCAGAACACUUACUAGAGACGCUGCAAAGGUCAGCAUCUGCCAGCAUGUACAGUUGCUACACACAGGAUGUCAGCUCCUGGCAGCAGAGAAAGCCGUCCUGAUGAAACUACGGAAAAGCACCGGCUACACUUUUGUAAACUGCAAGAAAGCUCUGGAGAAGUUUGAUAAUGAUAUAGUGCAGGCAGAGUCGUGGCUACACGAGCAGGCCCAGAAGGAGGGAUGGAGCAAAGCAAACAAGCUGGAAGGUCGCAAAGCCAAAGAGGGUCUGAUCGGUGUGUUUGUAGGAGAUAAAUCUGCAGUAAUGGUGGAGGUGAACUGUGAGACGGACUUUGUUGCUCGCAAUGAGAAGUUCCAGCAGCUGGUUAAGGACGUGACGUUUGCCACUUUGGCUCACCAUCGGAAUAAAACUCAAAACCAGGCAGGAUAUGUGAAGAGUAUUCUGGUAGGUGAUGAGUUAAGCAAACUCAGUGUGGGUGAAGGAGCUUCACUAGCUGACCAGGUGGCUCUCACAAUAGGGCGCCUUGGUGAGAACAUGUCUGUGAAGCGAGCGGUGACAGUCAGGAUUCCUGCUGAGUGGCACAUCGGCUCGUACGUUCAUGGCAGUAUGAGCUGUCAGACUGAGGUGGCCAUGGGUCGGUACGGCGCCCUGGUUGUGUUUCAGGGUGGAAAGGAGGAAGAGCAGGAAGACUUAGGCCGUAAGCUUGGACAGCAUGUAGUGGGAGAGGCUCCUCUGUCUGUGGGCAACAUGGACGACCUGCCCUGCGGUGAAAGCGAGACACGCCUGCUGCCUCAGACGUUCCUGACAGAUCCCAGCAGGACUGUGGCUGAGUUCCUCCGGGGCAAACAGGCUCGAGUGCUGGACUUUGUUCGAUUUCAGUGCGGUGAGGCAGCUAGGGAAGAGACAGAAUGAAGGAAGAGAAAUAUUUUCUCCAAUAGAAUUCGUCAAGUGUCUUUAUUUCAUUUGAGGAUGAAAUGCAAGUAGUUGUUUAUUAUCUAAUAUUCAGACAGUCAUACAGUAUCAUCAUGAAUUUGAAAGCAAGAUAAGUCGACCUACCAACACUUGCACCUGAUGAAAUUACCAAUCCAACAAUAAAAUGUUAGUCCUGAAAAACUUUUUUUCAUUUCACAUUUCUUUGUAUUGAUUUGUAUUUACUACUGUAUGCUGUAUAUUAUACGAUUCACUCUUUGGACUGAUACAUUUCUUUGUAAAUUAUAAAAUUACACUGUCAUUA